GUAGAGAACGCAGCAAUGGCACGGCGGAAACUACUGCUCUGGCUAACACCGUUGCUGCUACUGCGGCAGGAUGGCAACUUUGCCGUUCAACGACGCCUCAUGAGCGAGCUGCAUGUGGGCGAGAAAGUGCCAGGCGUGGUGUCCCAUGUCACCAGCAACUUGGUGCUCGUGGAUGUUGGCGUGGAGAAAGAGGGCGUUUUGCCAAAUUCCAAGAUGGCGCCUGGCAGCUCCAGUGCUGAGGUGGCCAUUGGGGAAGAGGUCGAAGUUUGGGUGUCGCAGGUGAAGAACGAGGAGAACCUGCGGCGCAGCCAAGUUCUUCUGUCCAGUGACUGAGAAGGUCUUCAGCCCCUCCGAGCCGGAUGCCUUGCAGGAGCUCCAGCAGUUGGACGCUGAGACCUGGCUCCGUGGCUUCGUGGUAGCCCAGCGCCCCUUCGGUCUUUUGGUCGCCGUGGCCCCCCCGAACCAGCCGGGCGUGGCACGGGGCGCGAGGGCGGUGGGGGUGGUGUACCAGAAAGGAGCACAGGAAGAGGUGGGAUCUGAAGUUAAGGUUCGAAUCCUAAACCUUGACCUGGAGAAGCAGAAACUCACCCUGACCAUGCAGGCAGAGGCCCCACGGCCCCGCAAUGUGGCUGCAGCUAUGGAGCCUUUUAAGAAUUCCGGUGAGCUCCGCGGCCGUGUGCUGAGUCGUGGCAAAUUUGGAGUUUUUGUGGCGCUGAGACCACCAGAUGGACCGCUGGAUGGGUCUGAGACGGUGGGUUUGCUCCACAAGAAGGCCAGCAUCCCACGGCCAGAGUCCGUGGAUCAGCUGAAGCUGGGGCAGGAACUUGAGGGCGUCGUGGUGCGUACCACGCCCGAAAUGACCCUGAUCGAUCUUGGUUUCAAGUCACGCGGUCUCUUGCCUCCGGCCAAGAUGAUGGCUAAAAGUGAAGUCCACGUGGGCGAUCGCCUGCAAGUUUGGGUCAGCGAACUCCGAAACACGAGUUUGAUUUUGGCCAGCGACCCGAAGAAGGUGCUGAGCGUCAAGUCCCUAGGCCCUGCCGCAUCUUUGAAGGACUAUGAGAUCAACACCUGGUACCCCGGGGUGGUCCUCCGCCUUUCGCCUUUCGGUGCUUUCGUGGCUAUACGAUCGACGUCGGGUAAAUGGGCUGAAGGCUUGGUGAAGACCAACCAGAUCCAGGGCAACUUGGAGCUGGGGGCCGAGUUUCGAAUUCGCGUGCUGGAUGUGGAUCUGGCUCGGCGCCGCAUAGACCUCUCGAUGCGAUCCAGCGAGUCUUCGACGAUAUCCGCGCGCUUCGCGACGCUGCAGAAAUUGAAAAAUGAGAUCUUUCCAGCUCGAGUGAUCUCUGUGGAGGAGACUGGCGCUGAAGUUGAACUGCGACAUCCACAGACGAGCGUCCUGGGAUGGCUCUCCAACGAGUUACAGAAAGGCUCGAAGCCGCUGAAGCCUGGAGAGGAGAUUGAGGUUCUGAUCGUUGACAUUGACAUGGAGAAGUACACAGUGUCCCUGUCUGAGACCCAAGUGCCAAAGGGCAUUCGAGACCAGGACUUUGCAUCACUGCUUGCGGAUGAGCUUGGGGAGGAUGCCAUUGACAUGCUGCGGGAAGGUGAUGAAGUGCAAGUCGUGGCCAACAUUUCUCAGCGCGGGCUGGAUCUAUCCCUUGUGUGACUUCCAUCUUUUGCGUUUGCGCCGCAUCGUGUGUGUUGGUACCCUUUUGGCAACGAAGAUCCCUUGGAGGGAUUCCAUACGAUUCCAUGAAGGGCACCUUAGUAUCAAAUUCCAUCCGCUUGGGAUGAAAUGAUGCUCAAAUUUGUUCAGUUUUCAGCUUCGGAGUCGGGCCUUUGCCACUCCUUGUUCCAGCAGCGACGCUCCCAAAUGUAUAGCUUUAAUAGGACCGCGACGUAUUGAUCAUGUUUUCGUAACUUUUCGGGGCUCGUCAAACCGCCAAUGCUCGGCAACAAA